CAGACUUAUAAAUGAAGAAGAUGGAUUUAAUAAUGAAAUCUGACUACAUUACAAGGCAUAUAUCAGGGACCUGAGGUAUCUUUGCAGCUAUUUUUUCCUUCUUUUUCUCUUCGUGAAAAGAAUGCUACCUCAAUGAUCUGUUGGUUCAUCUUCAUCUGGUUUUACGGCAUGGAUCAAAGAGAAAUUAUCAUGAAAAACCUGAAAAGGAUCAGAAACAGAAACCUCAACAAGGAAGAGUUCACUGGUGAAUAUUUGAAACUGAAGCGGCAAUCAGCGACCUAUAGAGCAGAGAAAAUUUACCCAACAACUGUGUCUGAGAGACCUGAAAAUAGCAGCAAAAAUCGUUAUAAAGACAUCUUACCAUAUGACCAUACCAGAGUGAAGCUCUCGUUUAUCACAUCAGAUAAAGACUCUGAUUACAUCAAUGCAAAUUUUAUCAAGGGUGUAUAUGAGCCAAGGACCUACAUUGCUACCCAGGGUCCACUUUCUACAACUGUUGUAGAUUUCUGGAGGAUGAUUUGGGAAUAUAAAAUCUUGAUCAUUGUCAUGGCUUGCAUGGAAUUUGAAAUGGGAAAGAAAAAGUGUGAACAUUACUGGGUUGAUGUGGAUGAAUCCCCAUUGCAGUUAGGCCCUUUCUUCAUUGUCUGUGAGGCGGAAGAAAAAAGGCAGGAUUAUGUGAUUCGCAAGUUGAAAGUGAAAAUGAAUGACAAUGAAAUCAGAAACGUCUACCAUUUUCAUUAUAAAAAUUGGCCAGACCAUGAUGUUCCAUCUUCAAUCAACUCUAUUUUGAAGUUCAUAAAUGAGAUGCAUUGCUACCAAGCAAACCAUGAUGUACCUAUUUGUGUACACUGCAGUGCGGGCUGUGGACGAACAGGAGUGAUAUGUGCCAUUGAUUAUACUUGGACUUUGCUAAGAGACAGUAUUCUACCAAUGAACUUCAGCAUUUUUAAUAUGAUUCAGGAAAUGCGCACACAAAGACCUUUGAUGGUACAAACUCAGGUUCAGUAUAAGUUGGUCUAUGAUGCAGUGAUCGAACUCUUUCAAAGGCAGAUUGAAGCAUUCACCAGUCAUUCUGAUCCUGUUGUUAUAGAGACUGGAAUAAACCGUCCUGUAGCCAAUAUACCUCAGGAUCCAGAUAGGGAAAAGUCUUGUAUAAAACAAUCAAACAGUUCUGUACAAGAGCAUCAGGAGAAAUCUUGGCAUCCCAAUUGUGCCACACAAAGCUUAAACAUCCUCGACCGAAACAGAGAUGGUGCUUCUUUGGUCAGGCCAGCACUUUCUGUUGGAGCAUUGAACCCUGCUGCUGGCAGAAACACAGGAUGGGAUUCUUGGUUGGCAAAACAGCCACUCCACAAAUAUCGCAGUUUGGACUUCAGUUGUUGUUUUUCAACCGAUCCGCUUCUCACUGUGGAAACGGAUGAUAAAACUGGGAAGGGCUUAGUUACCAAAGUGCACCCUUUCCAGACCGAAUCUACUCCUUUUCAAUCAGUUUCACAGAAAACACUGCAGCCGUUGACAAAAAUGGAUUCAGAAUCUGGCCAAUGUGGAGGCUUUCAACUUGAUUCAGACCUUUCAAACAAGCUGACAAACAAUCAGCUCUACAAGCUCCAGGAUUUGUCCCCAGAGUACGAGCCCGAGGAUUUUAGCCACAAGGAGUGCAUAUGGUCAUCAGAAGACCCCUACUUUUCCUCUCUCUCAUCAGAAGAACUAUGCAUCCCAUCAUAUCCUGAGUCUGCUCUCAGUUCCCUUAGAACAGUUCCUUCAUCUUCUGCUGUGGCCUUUACAGACCAGGCUUUGGAGAGCUCAGAGGCCAGCUACCCAUUGUUCAACCCUCCAGCCCAAUAUACUCGUCCCUUGGAUGCAGUCUGCCACAGUUCUCCCCAGCAUGACGAAGAUAUUCCUCCUCCCCUGCCUGAGAGAACCCCUGAAUCUUUUAUUGUUCUUGGAGAAGAGAAUGAGCUCCAGCAAUCGGAUAAACCUUCGUUAGCAGUUUCAGAUCAUCAGCUACCAUCUAAAAAUGACAAAUCAAAAAUCUCUACAGAAUGGAGCAGCCUGUCUCAGCUGAGAUUUUCUGAUGACUCAGUGAGACUGAGACCCAAUAAGAGUGGAAAGCUACAGAGGCCUAGAUCAGAAUUUCACUGGAACAGAUCUUCUUCACCCCCUACUCCCCCACUUCCAGAAAGAACUCCUGAAUCAUUUCUUCUUGCAGAUGAGGACUUGAACCUUGGCAACCUUCAGAUUAAAUCGACAAAGGAGACAACAAAAGAAGCAGGCAACUUCAGAAGGAGCAAGAGUUUGAAAAUUUUACGAAAUGUGAAAAACAGUAUUUGGAAUCCAUCUUCGCUAGUAAGUGCUCCGGAACAUAAUCAGUCAAAUCAUCAUAGCUCUAUUCUGAGUCUUGGCUUUGCAAACCGAUUUUUGAAACCCAAAGGACCAAGAAAUCCACCACCAAAUUGGAAUAUUUAGAAGAAUUUCUUAUCUUCUGUUAUCUCUAGUCCCGUAGACUUGCCUUGCUGUUUCUCUUGUUUGUUUCCAAUAAACAGCAUCAUUUUGAACAAAAA